AGCCUGGCGUGCAUCAGGCCGAUGAUUCUCCACACCACUUUCACACAUAUGGGAAACGUAACAUACUGUCAGGAGUAUCCUGGUGAAUUACCUUAUAUGAAUCAAAAGCUGCUGAGAACAUCUGGUUUUUACCUUCAGCUUAUCCUUUUCUUGAUCUUUCCUCUGGUUGUUAUUAUCUACUGCUACGUUAGGAUUGCUAUCACUGUCAUGUCAUCCAGGAUAGUCACCAAGUUCCAGACAGUUAGGUUAAUAUUUUUCAUUGUACUGAUGUUUUUUAUGUGCUGGACCCCAUUCAACAUUGUAUUGCUAAUGCAUGAUGAAGACGGUACCUGUCAGGAAAAGCAGAAUAUGGCUUACGCUCUUGAAGUCACUCGUGUCUUUGCCUACAUUUACUUUUGCAUCAGUCCAAUCUUCUACACAUUUGUUGGAAAAAAGUUCCAGAACUAUUUCAGACAGAUGCUGGUGAAACGUUUUCCAGGGUUAAAGCAUUUUUCGGUCAGUCAACAAAGCAGAACCAAUAUGUCCACAAGAAGUACACCCAAUGAGUUAUAAGAAUGGGAAGCCCUUUGUUUCCCAGGCCUGCUGUGUGUUGAACA